AUGUCGGCUACAACACAAGUCUCAGCCGGCCUUGACCUAGGCACAGGCCCUACCCUCUCCCUGACGGGCGCCGGCGAGCAGAAGCCAAUGAGGCCCCUGACUAGAGACGAGGCCGUCGGCUUCGAGGUCGACUCCCCCGACACAUGGAGCAACUUCCACAAGCGCGUGCACAAGCUCAAGCCCCAGGGCGACUACGACGUCGACAUGAAGAUCCUAGCCUGCGGCGUCUGCGGCAGCGACGUGCAUACCCUCUGCGGCGGCUGGGGAGACCAGCACUACCCUCUAUGCGUUGGUCAUGAAAUCAUCGGCCUCGUAACCCGCGUCGGCCCAAAAGUAACUCUCCACAAGAUAGGCGACCGCGUCGGCGUCGGCGCCUCGUCCUGGGCCUGCCUCGAGUGCCGGCAGUGCAAGAAGGGCAACGAGCAGUACUGCGCGCACCAGCUCGACACGUACGGCGCAAAGUGGCCCGACACGGGCUACGUGACCAAGGGCGGCUACUCGUCGCACAUCCGCAUCCACGAGCACUACUGCUUCCCCGUGCCCGAGGAGCUCCCCACCGCCGUCGCGGCGCCCAUGAUGUGCGCGGGCCUGACGGUUUACUCUCCCCUGAAACGCAACGGGUGCGGGCCGGGGGCCAAGGUCGGCGUCGUCGGGGUUGGCGGGCUGGGCCACCUGGCCGUCAUGUUCGCCAAUGCCAUGGGCGCCGAGGAGGUGUGGGCGUUCAUGCUGGACCACAGCCUUGACGAGGACGCGCGGGAGCUGGGCGCGACGGGGGUGAUCGUCAUGGGCGACGAGGGCGUGCGGGAGGAGCACAAGCACACCUUCGACCUGAUCCUCAACAGCGCCAGCUCGAGCGUCAACUGCGCGCCCUUCCUGCCGCUGCUGGACGUGCACGGCCGCUGGAUCAGCGUCAGCAUGCCGGCCAAGGAGGACAAGGGCACCGAGGUGUCGACGUGGACGCAGAUCGAGAACGGGUGCCUGAUCGGGGCGUCGCACCUCGGCUCGCGCAGGGAGGCCCUCGAGAUGCUGCGGCUCGCCGCCGACAAGGGCGUCAGGACGUGGGUCGAGGAGGUCGACAUCAGCAAGGAGGGGCUCAAGGCCGCGCUCGAGAGGUGUCGCAGGAGUGAUGUCAGGUAUCGCUUCUGUCUGACGGGGUACGACAAGGAGUUCGGUGAGGACAUCAAGGGUCGGGAGGAUUGA